UUCCCCUCGGCCCCCGGAGCCGCCGCCGGAGCCAUGAUCGGGGACCUGCUGCUCUGCGGGACGCUGCUGGUGAACGCCGGUGCCGUGCUCAACUUCAGGCUGAGGAGGAGGGACACGGAGGGAUUCGGAGAGGAGCAGAGGGAACCCACGACCGGUGACAAUAUCAGAGAGUUCUUGCUGAGUCUCAGGUAUUUUCGAAUCUUCAUUGCCUUGUGGAAUAUCUUCAUGAUGUUCUGCAUGAUUGUGUUAUUUGGAUCCUGAAAGCCCCACCCAUGGACACGUUGGAAGAGACUUUUGGCUGGGAACAAACUUUUCUAGAAGUAAAAGAUUCUGCUGCUCUCCAGCUGCAGCCCCGGGCCCGUGGUUCCUGCUCUGCCGGGGCUUGGAGCCACAACCUUCACACAAAUGAUCUCAGCUUCACUGAAAGAGAAUUUUGACUUGGUUUUCUAAGCUCAGAGUGAGAGCAGGGAGAACUGGAGCCAGUUUUAAACCUCUGCCUCUACCAGCUGGGGCUGUGCCAGCUCGAGUUACCCCUGUCCAAGUCACACUCCUGAGUUCUCAGUUUUGUGUAAAAGUUGAGCAGAAUGUUCUUGUAACUUCUCACUUAUUCCAUUCGUUUUGUUGGAGGUGUAGAAAAGGAAUAUUCAAGGGAAAAAAAUUGCCAUUCUCACCUUCUCCCUAUUUUUCCAGAAAAUAAUGCUUUUUAAAAUAAUAUUUCAAAGAAUUUUUUUUUCUAAGCAAUAUGUAAAGGAUUUUGAAUGGGGGAAAAGGGCAAAAAUAAUUCUCUAAGCAAAUGUUAAGAGAUAAUUUUGGAAUAGUCUUGGAUGUGGUUGAAUAAAGUUGUUCUAUUUAAGGGUAAAAUUUAUAUUUGAUGCCAUGUUCAUUCUGUUACAGGAGAAAUUGAUUCUGUAUUGGUGUAUUUUGGGAAAUUGUAGCUAUUCCUGUAA